UCGGUGAGGAGGAAAGGAUGGAAUUGGGUGAAGAUUAUGAAUAGGUUAUUGGAAGAUCUGGCGAGUUUUGGCGGAUCUUGGUUAUGGUGAGUUAUUUGGGCAGUGUAUCUUCAUGAUCCAAGAUGCUCUAUCUACACGGAGAGAAUCCAAUGAGAAAGCAUAGUGUACUGUUGAUCAAUUCCGUUCGGCUCAGUAUCGUCAGUCGAGGUCAUCACGUACGCAUCUAUCUUCGCCGUUGCUUCUUGCCAAUUGCCUCCCUUCGUUAUUCGAACAUCACCAGUAAUGUUCCAAGAACGCGAAAUCGCCUCCAAUCCACCACGGCCUCCUUCCUUCGCCCUCUCUGCUCAUGCGGCGUCCGAUCUGACCACCCUAACCAACCAAACACCCAACCUUCCUCGCCGCUCACCGUGGGAGGCAAAGAACACCCCAACCCUACCUGCAACCCGGGUGGCGGGACCAACGCCCGGCAUCCCAACGCUAACAUCACCCACUCCGGCAGCCAGCCUGUCUGCGGCCCGAGGGUGCAUGACGGAGGGUACACUGUUGGGGAGGCCAUUUUCUAUUCAUAACAGCGAGCACGCCAUGUACACGGGCGCAGAGAGGCGAGGUAUAAACUUGGAAACGUUGUUUUUGUUCCUCCAGGUCUGGAUGUGCGAGUAUGUCUAGACUACCUGGUUUGGUAGCGAUGUACUGUGUAAACGUGCUCGCACACCAUACCCGUAACGGGUACGUGGGAUA